UAUGAAAAAAUGUCCCUGCAGCGGCCGCUACUCGGUCUCGUACUUUAUUGCCUUGCGUUUUUUGCACGUUAAAGUUAAGUUUUAAUAUAACUAUUUGCACGAAAAAGACAUUUUAUUUGUUACCGCAAUAAAGCAGUAUGGAGACUGUACGACCAUGCGGUUGUAAAGGUAUACGAACAUGUUUAAUAUGCGAAAAUGAGUAUUCCAUUUCGAAGCCGGAUCUCGCAGCUGACUUAAAGAAAUGCCCGAAUUACGUUUACUGCCCUGAAUGUAACAAAGCUUGGCCAGGAUGGGACAUGAACUUAUACAAACAACACCCCAGGCAUUCUGGAAUUCCAAUUGAAUUUCCUGGCACAUAUAUCAAGUUGGACUUUUUAAACCAAGAUGAACUGAAAUCUUUAGUGAACAGUUUGGAUCUAUUACCUUGGGAAAUAUCACAAAGUGGUAGAAGAAAACAGAAUUUUGGGCCUAAGACAAACUUUAAAAAAAAACGACUGCGAAUGGGAAAUUUCAUUGGUUUUCCAGAGAGCACUAAAUUUGUACAAGAUAAAUUUAACGAUGUCAAAGAACUCAAGAAUUUCCAAACUAUUGAACAAUGCAGUCUGGAGUAUGAUUCCCAGCGAGGAGCUUCUAUUGAUCCACACAUCGAUGACUGCUGGAUUUGGGGGGAACGCAUUGUCACUGUUAAUAUUUUGGGAGAUUCGGUAUUGACGAUGACCCCAUAUCGAGGUUCCAGUAAUAAGUACAACUUGGACUGCGUUGAAAGCCUGCAAAAUCAAGCAGCACCAGAGCAAAAUAUCGUAGUGAGAUUACCUAUGCCAGAGGGUUCUUUGAUGGUACUCCAUGGAGCUGCCAGAUACAGCUGGGAACAUGCAGUUUUAAGAGAAGACAUAAACUUAAGACGCAUCUGCUUGGCAUACCGUGAGUUUACGCCCCCUUACCUACCUGACGAUAAAGGCAAUUGCAAUGAAGAAUCACGUGAAAUUCUCGAAAGAGCAUUGAACUUUUGGUGAUACUUUUUUCUACCGACUCUUAUAAAUUUGUACAUAGGUAUACGAAGUCCAAUUGAUUAUGCUAGUUGAAGCUGUUGUAAAUAUCGAUAAUGUAGCUAAACAUUGAAUAUCCGGCGAAUAUUUAAAUCUCUUGAAAAUGUAGAUGGAAUUAGCUGGUAAAAAAAAAGUUUCUUAUAAAUAUAUAAAUCGGUA